CCCCAAAUAACACACAAGCUAGAACCAAAAACAGAUAACAAAAACUCAACCAAAAAAAUGACGAUUUUGGCACUAAUUUCCCUCUCUCUCCUCUCCAUACUAGGAGCCUCGGCACAACAAGAGCAAUGCGGUAGCCAAGCAGGAGGGAAAGUCUGCCCGGGGGGACUCUGUUGCAGCAAAUUCGGCUUCUGCGGUACCACAGCGGCUUACUGCACCGGCGGGUGCCAGAGUAAUUGCAACACGGGUGGCGGCGGCUCCCCCAACAUCCCCUCACCAACCCCUAGUGGCGGUGGCGGCGAUAUCAGCUCUCUUAUCAGCAAAGCCGUGUUUGAGAAUAUGUUGAAGCACAGGAACGACGAGGCAUGUCAAGGGAAAGGGUUCUAUACUUACGAGGCUUUCAUCGCUGCCGCCAAGGCGUUUGGCGGUUUUGGAACUACUGGGGAUGAUGCUACCAAGAAGAGAGAGAUUGCUGCGUUUUUGGCUCAAACUUCCCAUGAAACUACUGGAGGGUGGCCAACGGCUCCGGACGGACCAUAUGCAUGGGGAUACUGUUUUGUAACGGAACGAACGAACCCCCCACCGGAUUAUUGUGAUGGAACUCCACAACAGAAACAACAAUACCCUUGUGUUGCUGGGAAGAAGUACUUCGGCCGUGGCCCCAUCCAAAUUUCACACCAUUACAACUAUGGUCCAGCUGGAACAGCCAUACGAAGCAAUCUACUUGCCAACCCAGACUUUGUCGCAACCGACCCCACCAUUUCUUUCAAAACAGCCUUCUGGUUCUGGAUGACUCCACAAUCUCCGAAACCCUCCAGCCACGAUGUCAUCACCGGCCAAUGGACCCCGUCACCUGCCGAUUCAGCAGCAGGUCGGGUCCCGGGGUACGGUGUCAUCACCAACAUAAUCAACGGCGGAAUUGAGUGUGGAAAAGGGUCUACUACCGAACAGGAGAAUCGGAUCGGGUUUUAUAAGCACUACAGUGAUAUUUUGGGAGUCGGAUAUGGAAAUAAUCUUGAUUGCAAUAACCAAAGGCCUUUCAGCCCGUAAGACCCAAUAAUAUUGCGAAAAACAUACUAUUCCAUGGGACACAGUAAUAUUGCAGGGUCCAAUUAUAUGGACCCUGCAUAUUAUUGUGAAAUGAUGAAAUAAUGCCGCAUGAGUACUGAAUAAAUCUUAAUACAUGGUAGUCCGUUUUUUUUGAGAUAAAUUGCGGCUGAUAUACAAAUAAAUAAAAUAAGAGAAUUAGAAUUCUCUUCUUUUAAACACGAAUGUGAUGCUUUGCUGAAUAAAGAUGUAGAAUAUUUCAGAA